AUGGACGUGGAGGACGUGGACGUGGACGUGGAGGACUUGGACGUGGACGUGGACCAGGACGUGGACGUGGACUUGGACGUGGACGUGGACGUGGACGUGGUCGUGGACGUGGACGUGGACCUGGACCUGGACGUGGACGUGGACGUGGUCGUGGACGUGGACGUAGACUUGGACCUGGACCUGGACGUGGACGUGGACUUGGACAUGGACGUGGAUGUGGAUGUGGUCGUAGACGUGGACGUGGAUGUGUACGUGGUCGUCGACGUGGACGUGGACUUGGACGUGGACGUGGACGUGGACUUGGACGUGGACGUGGUCGUGGACGUGGACGCGGACGUGGACGUGGUCGUGGACGUGGACGUGGACGCAAAUGUGGACGCGGACGUGGACGAGGACGUGGACACGGACGUGGACGCGGACGUGGACGAGGACGUGGACGCGGACGUGGACCCGGACGUGGACGCGGACGUGGACCCGGACGUGGACGUGGACGUGGACGUGGACGUGGUCGUGGACGUGGUCGUGGACGUGGAUGUGGACGUGGAUGUGGACGUGGUCGUGGACGUGGACGUGGUUGUGGACGUGGACGUGGACGUGGACGUGGUCGUGGACGAGGUCGUGGACGUAGACGUGGACGUGGACGUGGAAGUGGACUUGGACGUGGACGUGGUCAUGGACGUGGACGUGGUCGUGGACGUGGACGUGGACGUGGACGUGGACGUGGACGUGGACCUGGACCUGGAAGUGGACGUGGACUUGGACGUAGACGUGGACGUGGACGUGGACGUGGACGUGGUCAUGGAUGUGGACGUGUUCGUGGACGUGGACGUGGACGUGGACGUGGUCGUGGACGUGGACGUGGUCGGGGACGUGGACGUCGACGUGGACGUGGACGUGGACGUGGACGUAGACUUGGACGUGGAUGUGGACGUGGAUGUGGACGUGGACGUGGACGUGGAUGUGGACGUGGACGUGGACGUGGACCUGGACGUGGACGUGGAGGACGUGGACGUGGACGUGGAGGACGUGGACGUGGACGUGGAGGACGUGGACGUGGACGUGGAGGACGUGGACGUGGACGUGGACCAGGACGUGGACGUGGACUUGGACGUGGAUGUGGACGUGGACGUGGACGUGGUCGUGGACGUGGACGUGGACGUGGACCUGGAUGUGGACGUGGACGUGGUCGUGGACGUGGACGUGGACUUGGACCUGGACCUGGACGUGGACGUGGACUUGGACAUGGACGUGGACGUGGAUGUGGAUGUGGUCGUAGACGUGGACGUGGACUUGGACGUGGACUUGGACGUGGACGUAGACGUGGACUUGGACGUGGACGUGGACGUGGACGUGGUCGUGGACGUGGACGCGGACGUGGACGUGGUCGUGGACGUGGACGUGGACGCAAACGUGGACGCGGACGUGGACGCAAACGUGGACGCGGACGUGGACGCGGACGUGGACGAGGACGUGGACGCGGACGUGGAAGCGGACGUGGACGUGGACGUGGACGUGGACGUGGUCGUGGACGUAGACGUGGACGUGGACGUGGACGUGGUCGUGAACGUGGUCGUGGACGUGGACGUGGUUGUGGACGUGGACGUGGACGUGGUCGUGGACGUGGUCGUGGACGUGGACGUGGACGUGGACUUGGACGUGGACGUGGACGUGGACGUGGACGUGGACGUGGUCGUGGACGUGGACGUGGACUUGGACGUGGACGUGGACGUGGACCUGGACCUGGACCUGGACCUGGACGUGGACGUGGGCUUGGACGUGGACGUGGACGUGGACGUGGACUUGGAGGUGGUCGUGGACGUGGACGUGAACAUGGACGUGGUCGUGGACGUGGAUGUGGAGGACGUGGACAUGGACGACGUGGACGUGGACGUGGAGGAGGUGGACGUGGACGUGGACGUGGGCUUGGACGUGAACGUGGACGUGGACGUGUACGUGUACGUGGACGUGGAUGUGGACGUGGACGUGGACGUAGACGUGGACGUGGAUGACGUGGAUGUGGACGUGGAGGACGUGGACGUGGACCACGACGUGGACGUGGACUUGGACGUGGACGUGGACGUGGAUGUGGACGUGGACGUGGACGUGGACGUGGAUGUGGACGUGGACGUGGACGUAAACGUGGACGUGGAGGACGUGGACGUGGACGUGGAGGACGUGGACAUGGACCACGAUGUGGACGUGGACGUGGACGUGGACAUGGACGUGGACGUGGAUGUGGACGUGGACGUGGACGUGUACGUGGAUGACGUGGACGUGGACCACCACGUGGACGUGGACUUGGACGUGGACGUGGACGUGGUCGUGGACGUGGUCGUGGACGUGGAUGUGGACGUGGACGUGGUCGUGGACGUGGACGUGGACGUGGGCUUGGACGUGGACGUGGACGUGGUCGUGGACGUGGACGUGGACAUGGACGUGGUCGUGGACGUGGACGUGGAGGACGUGGACAUCGACGACAUGGACGUGGACGUGGAGGACGUGGACGUGGACGUGGACUUGGACGUGGACGUGGACGUGGACGUGGUCGUGGACGUGGUCGUGGACGUGGUCGUGGACGUGGACGUGGACGUGGACGUGGACUUGGUCGUGGACGUGGACGUGGACAUGGACGUGGUCGUGGACGUGGACGUGGAGGACGUGGACAUGGACGGCGUGGACGUGGACGUGGAGGACAUGGACGUGGGCGUGGACGUGGACGUGGACGUGGACCUGGACGUGGACGUGGUCGUGGUCGUGGACGUGGACUUGGACCUGGACCUGGACGUGGACGUGGACUUGGACAUGGACGUGGACGUGGAUGUGGAUGUGGUCGUAGACGUGGACGUGGAUGUGGACGUGGUCGUCGACGUGGACGUGGACUUGGACGUGGACGUGGACGUGGACUUGGACGUGGACGUGGUCGUGGACGUGGACGCGGACGUGGACGUGGUCGUGGACGUGGACGUGGACGCAAAUGUGGACGCGGACGUGGACGAGGACGUGGACACGGACGUGGACGCGGACGUGGACGAGGACGUGGACGCGGACGUGGACCCGGACGUGGACGUGGUUGUGGACGUGGUCGUGGACGUGGACGUGGACGUGGACGUGGUCGUGGACGUGGUCGUGGACGUGGAUGUGGACGUGGAUGUGGACGUGGUCGUGGACGUGGACGUGGUUGUGGACGUGGACGUGGACGUGGACGUGGUCGUGGACGAGGUCGUGGACGUAGACGUGGACGUGGACGUGGACGUGGACUUAGACGUGGACGUGGUCAUGGACGUGGACGUGGUCGUGGACGUGGACGUGGACCUGGACGUGGACGUGGACGUGGACGUGGACCUGGACCUGGAAGUGGACGUGGACUUGGACGUAGACGUGGACGUGGACGUGGACGUGGUCAUGGAUGUGGACGUGUUCGUGGACGUGGACGUGGACGUGGACGUGGUCGUGGACGUGGACGUGGUCGGGGACGUGGACGUCGACGUGGACGUGGACGUGGACGUAGACUUGGACGUGGACGUGGACGUGGAUGUGGACGUGGACGUGGACGUGGAUGUGGACGUGGACGUGGACGUGGACGUGGACGUGGAGGACGUGGACGUGGACGUGGAGGACGUGGACGUGGACGUGGAGGACGUGGACGUGGACGUGGAGGACGUGGACGUGGACGUGGACCAGGACGUGGACGUGGACUUGGACGUGGAUGUGGACGUGGACGUGGACGUGGUCGUGGACGUGGACGUGGACGUGGACCUGGAUGUGGACGUGGACGUGGUCGUGGACGUGGACGUGGACUUGGACCUGGACCUGGACGUGGACGUGGACUUGGACAUGGACGUGGACGUGGAUGUGGAUGUGGUCGUAGACGUGGACGUGGACUUGGACGUGGACUUGGACGUGGACGUAGACGUGGACUUGGACGUGGACGUGGACGUGGACGUGGUCGUGGACGUGGACGCGGACGUGGACGUGGUCGACGUGGACGCGGACGUGGAAGCGGACGUGGACGUGGACGUGAACGUGGACGUGGUCGUGGACGUAGACGUGGACGUGGACGUGGACGUGGUCGUGAACGUGGUCAUGGACGUGGAUAUGGACGUGGAUGUGGACGUGGUUGUGGACGUGGACGUGGUUGUGGACGUGGACGUGGACGUGGUCGUGGACGUGGUCGUGGACGUGGACGUGGACGUGGUCGUAGACGUGGACGUGGACGUGGACGUGGACUUGGACGUGGACGUGGACGUGGACGUGGACGUGGACGUGGUCGUGGACGUGGACGUGGACCUGGACGUGGACGUGGACGUGGACGUGGACCUGGACCUGGACCUGGACGUGGACGUGGACUUGGACGUGGACGUGGACGUGGACGUGGUCAUGGAUGUGGACGUGUUCGUGGACGUGGACGUGGACGUGGACGUGGUCGUGGACGUGGACGUGGUCGGGGACGUGGACGUCGACGUGGAUGUGGACGUGGACGUGGACGUAGACUUGGACGUGGACGUGGACGUGGAUGUGGACGUGGACGUGGAUGUGGACGUGGACGUGGAGAUGGACCUGUACGUGGACGUGGAAGACGUGGACGUGGACGUGGAGGACGUGGACAUGGACGUGGAGGACAUGGACGUGGACGUGGACCAGGACGUGGACGUGGACUUGGACGUGGACGUGGAUGUGGUCGUGGACGUGGACGUGGACCUGGACGUGGACGUGGACGUGGACCUGGACGUGGACGUGGACGUGGUCGUGGACGUGGACGUGGACUUGGACCUGGACCUAGACGUGGACGUGGACUUGGACGUGGACGUGGGCGUGGAUGUAGAUGUGGUCGUAGACGUGGACGUGGACUUGGACGUGGACGUGGAUGUGGACUUGGACAUGGACGUGGACGUGGACGUGGACGUUGUCGACGUGGACGCGGACGUGGACGCGGACUUGGACGAGGACGUGGACGCGGACGUGGACGCGGAUGUGGACGUGGACGUGGACGUGGACGUGGUCGUGGACGUGGACGUGGACGUGUACGUGGACGUGGUCGUGGACGUGGUCGUGGACGUGGAUGUGGACGUGGAUGUGGACAUGGUCGUGGACGUGGACGUGGUUGUGGACGUGGACGUGGACGUGGACGUGGACGUGGUCAUGGACGUGGUCGUGGACUUAGACGUGGACGUGGACGUGGACUUGGACGUGGACGUGGUCAUGGACGUGGACGUGGUCGUGGACGUGGACGUGGACCUGGACGUGGACGUGGACGUGGACGUGGACAUGGACGUGGACCUGGACCUGGACGUGGACGUCGACUUGGACGUGGACGUGGACGUGGACGUGGUCAUGGACGUGGACGUGUUCGUGGACGUGGACGUGGACGUGGACGUGGUCGUGGACGUGGACGUGGUCGGAGACGUGGACGUGGACGUGGACGUGUACGUGGACGUGGACCUGGACGUGGACGUGGACGUGGACCUGGACGUGGACAUGGACGUUCACCUCGACGUGGACGUGGACAUAGACGUGGACUUUGACCUAGACGUGGACGUGGACCUGGACCUAGAUGUGGACCUGGACCUGGACGUGGACGUGGACGUGGACGUGGUCGUGGACGUGGACGUGGUCGUGGGCGUGGACGUGGACGUGGACGUGGUCGUGGACGUGGACGUGGACGUGGACGCGGUCGUGGACGUGGACGCGGUCGUGGACGUGGACGUGGACGUGGUUGUGGACGUGGACGUGGUGGACGUGGACGUGGACGUGGACCUGGACGUGGACGUGGACGUGGACGUGGACGUGGACGUGGACCUGGACGUUGACCCGGACGUGGACGUGGACGUGGAAAUGGAUAUGGACGUGGACGUGGACGUGGACGUGUACGUGGUGGACGUGGACGUCGACGUGGACGUGGACGUGGACGUGAACGUGGACGUGGACCUUGACGUGGACAUGGACGUGGUCAUGGACGCGGUCCUCGACGUGGACGUGAACGUGGACAUGGACGUGGACGUGGACGUGGACAUGGUGGACGUGGACGUGGACGUGGUCAUGGACGUGGACGUGGACGUGGACGUGGACCUGGACCUGGAUGUGGACGUGGACGUGGACCUGGACAUGGACCUGGACGUGGACCUGGACGUGGACCUGGACGUGGACCUGGACGUGGACGUGGACAUGGUGGACGUGGACGUGGACGUGGACCUGGACGUGCACAUUGACGUGGGCGUGGACGUGGACGUGGUGGACGUGGAUGUGGAUGUGGUCGUUGACGUGGACGUGGACGCGGCCGUGGACGUGGACGUGGUCAUGAACGUGGACGUGGACGUGGACGUGGACGUGGACGUGGUCGUGGAGGACGUGGACGUGGACGUGGACGUGGUCGUGGACGUGGUCGUGUACGUGGACGUGGACCUGGACGUGGACGUGGACGUGGACUUGGACGUGGACGUGGACGUGGACGUAAAGAUGGUCGUGGACAUGGACGUGGACCUCGACGUGGACGUGGACGUGGACGUGGUCGUGGACGUGGACGUGGACGCGGACGUGGACGUGGACGUAGACGCGGACGUGGACGUGGACGUGGACGUGGACGUGGAGGUGGACGUGGACGUGGUCAUGGACGUGGACGUGGACGUGGACCUGGACGUGGACGUGGACGUGGACGUGGACCUGGACGCAGUCAUGGACGUGGACCUGGACGUGGAUGGGGACGCGGUCGUAGACGUGGACGUGGACGUGGACGCGGACAUGGACGUGGGCGUAGACGUGGACGUGGACGUGGACGUGGACAUGGUGGACGUGGACGUGGACGUGGACCUGGACGUGCACAUUGACGUGGGCGUGGACGUGGACGUGGUGGACGUGGAUGUGGAUGUGGUCGUUGACGUGGACGUGGACGCGGCCGUGGACGUGGACGUGGUCAUGAACGUGGACGUGGACUUGGACGUGGACGUGGACGUAGAUGUGGUCGUGGUCGUGGUCACGGACGUGGACGUGGACGCGGACGUGGUCGUGGUCGCGGACGUGGACGCGGACGCAGACGAUGUGGACGUGGACGUGGACCUGGACGUGGACGUGGACGUGGCCGUGGUCGUGGACGUGGACGUGGACGUGGUCGUGGACGUGGACGUGGACGUGGUCGUGGACGUGGACGUGGACGUGGUCGUGGACGUGGUCGUGGAGGACGUGGACGUGGACGUGGACUUGGUCCUGGACGUGGUCGUGGACGUGGACGUGGACCUAGACGUGGACGUGGACGUGGACGUGGAGAUGGUCGACGUGGACGUGGACAUGGAGGACGUGGACGUGGACGUGGAGGACGAGGACGUGGACGUGUACGUGGACCUCGACGUGGAGGACGAGGACGUGGACGUGUACGUGGACCUGGACGUGGAGGACGUGGACGUGGACGUGGACGUGGACGUGGUCGUGGACGUGGACGUGGACGUGGACGUGGUCGUGGAUGUGGAUGUGGACCUGGACGUGGACGUGGACUUGGACGUGGACGUGGACGUGGACGUGGUCGUGGACGUGGACGUGGACGUGGACCUGGACGUGGUCGUGGACGUGGUCGUGGAGGACGUGAACGUGGACGUGGUCCUGGACGUGGUCGUGGACGUGGACGUGAACCUGGACGUGGACGUGGACGUGGAUGUGGACGUGGACUUGGACGUGGACGUGGACGUGGAGAUGGUCGACGUGGACGUGGACGUGGACGUGGAGGACGUGGUCGUGGACGCGGAGGACGUGGACGUGGACGUAGAGGACGAGGACGUGGACGUGGACCUGGACGUGGACGUGGAGGACGAGGACGUGGACGUGGAGGACGUGGACGAGGACGUGGACGUGGACGUGGUCGUGGACGUGGAUGUGGACCUGGACGUGGACGUGGACGUGGACGUGGUCGUGGACGUGGACGUAGACGUGGACGUGGACCUGGACGUGGACCUGGACGUGGACGUGGACUUGGACGUCGUGGACAUGGACGUGGACCUCGACGUGGACGUGGACCUCGACGUGGACGUGGACCUCGACGUGGACGUGGUCGUGGACGUGGACGUGGACGCGGACGUGGACGUGGACGUGGACGCGGACGUGGACGUGGACGUGGACGUGGACGUGGUCCUGAACGUGGACGUGGACGUGGACCUGGACGUGGACGUGGACGUGGACCUGGACGCAGUCGUGGACGUGGACCUGGAUGUGGAUGGGGAUGCGGUCGUGGACGUGGACGUGGACGUAGACGCGGACGUGGACGUGGGCGUAGACGUGGACGUGGACGUGGACAUCGACGUGGUGGACGUGGACGUGGACGUGGACGUGGACCUGGACUUGGACAUUGACGUGGGCGUGGACGUGGACGUGGUGGACGUGGACGUGGAUGUGGUCGUGGACGUGGACGCGGACGUGGACGUGGACGUGGUCAUGAACGUGGAUGUGGACUUGGACGUGGACGUGGACGUAGAUGUGGUCGUGGACGUGGACGUGGACGUAGACGUAGACGUGGUCGUGGUCGUAGACGUGGACGUGGACGAGGACGUGGUCGUGGUCGCGGACGUGGACGCGGACGCAGACGUGGACGUGGACGUGGUCGUGGACGUGGACGUGGACGUGGACCAGGACGAGGACGUGGACGUGGACCUGGACGUGGACGUGGACGUGGCCAUGGUCGUGGACGUGGACGUGGACCUGGUCGUGGACGUGGACGUGGACGUGGUCGUGGAUGUGGACGUGGACGUGGUCGUGGAGGACGUGGACGUGGACGUGGUCCUGGACGUGGUCGUGGACGUGGACGUGGACGUGGACCUAGACGUGGACGUGGACGUGGACUUGGACGUGGACAUGGACGUGGACGUGGAGAUGGUUGUGGACGACGUGGACGUGGACGUGGACGUGGAGGACGUGGACGUGGACGUGGAGGACGUGGACGUGGACGUGGAGGACGAGGACGUGGACGUGGAGGACGUGGACCUGGACGUGGAGGACGAGGACGUGGACGUGGACGUGGACCUGGACGUGGAGGACGUGGACGUGGACGUGGUCGUGGACGUGGACGUGGACGUGGUCGUGGACGUGGACGUAGACGUGGACGUCGACCUGGACGUGGACCUGGACGUGGACGUGGACUUGGACAUGGACGUGGACACGUGGACCUGGACGUGGACGUGGACGUGGACGUGGACGUGGACGUCGAGAACGUGGACGUGGACGUGGAGGACGUGGACGUGGACGUGGACAUGGCAAGGUCGUGGACAUGGACGUGGACCUCGACGUGGACGUGGACGUGGACGUGGUCGUGGACGUGGACGUGGACGUGGACGUGGACUAGGACGUGGACGUGGACGUGGAUGUGGACGUGGUCGUGGACGUGGUCGUGGACGUGGCCGUGGACGUGGUCGUGGACGUGGUCGUGGACGUGGAACUGGACGUGGACGUGGACUUGGACGUGGACGUGGACGUGGACGUGGUCGUGGACGUGGACGUGGACGUGGUCGUGGACGUGGACUUGGACGUAGACGUGGACCUGGACGUGGAUGUGAACGUGGACGUGGACGUGGACGUGGAGGAGGUGGACGUGGCGUGGACGUGGUCUUGGACGUGGACGUGGACGUGGUCGUGGACGUGGAUAUAGACUUGGUCGUGGACGUGGACGUUGACGUGGACGUGGACGUGGUCGUGGACGUGGACGUGGUCGUGGUCGUGGUCGUGGUCGUGGACGUGGACGUGGACGUUGACGUGGACGUGGACGUGGUCGUGGACGUGGACGUGGACGUUGACGUGGACGUGGACGUGGUCGUGGAUGUGGACGUGGUCGUGGACGUGGACGUGGACGUGGACGUGGAGGACGUGGACGUGGACGUGGACGUGGACGUGGUCGUGGACGUGGACGUGGACGAGGACGUGGACGUGGACGUGGACGUGGACGUGGACCUGGACGUGGACGUGGACUUGGACGUGGACGUGGACGUGGACGUGGAUGUGGACGUGGUCGUGGACGUGGACGUGGACGUGGUUGUGGACGUGGACGUGGACGUGGACGUGGACGUGGUCGUAGACGUGGACGUGGACGUUGACGUGGACGUGGACGUGGUCGUGGAUGUGGACGUGGUCGUGGACGUGGACGUGGACUUGGACACGUGGACCUGGACGUGGACGUGGACGUGGACGUGGACGUGGACGUCGAGAACGUGGACGUGGACGUGGAGGACGUGGACGUGGACGUGGACAUGGCAAGGUCGUGGACAUGGACGUGGACCUCGACGUGGACGUGGACGUGGACGUGGUCGUGGACGUGGACGUGGACGUGGACGUGGACUAGGACGUGGACGUGGUUGUGGACGUGGUCGUGGACGUGGUCGUGGACGUGGCCGUGGACGUGGUCGUGGACGUGGUCGUGGACGUGGACCUGGACGUGGACGUGGACUUGGACGUGGACGUGGACGUGGACGUGGUCGUGGACGUGGACGUGGACGUGGACGUGGUCGUGGACGUGGACUUGGACGUAGACGUGGACGUGGACGUGGAUGUGAACGUGGGCGUGGACUUGGACGUGGACGUGGACGUGGACGUGGCGUGGACGUGGACGUGGUCGUGGACGUGGACGUGGUCGUGGACGUGGUGGACGUGGACGUGGUCGUGGACGUGGUGGACGUGGACGUGGACGUGGACGUGGACCUGGACCUGGACUUGGACAUUGACGUGGGCGUGGACGUGGACGUGGUGGACGUGGACGUGGAUGUGGUCGUGGACGUGGACGUGGACGCGGACGUGGACGUGGACGUGGUCAUGAACGUGGACGUGGACUUGGACGUGGACGUGGACGUAGAUGUGGUCGUGGACGUGGACGUGGACGUGGUCGUGGUCGUAGAUGUGGACGUGGACGAGGACGUGGUCGUGGUCGCGGACGUGGACGCGGACGCGGACGUGGACGUGGACGCAGACGUGGACGUGGACGUGGACGUGGACGUGGUCGUGGUCGUGGACGUGGACGUGGACCAGGAUGUGGACGUAGACGUGGACCUGGACGUUGAGGUGGACGUGGCCAUGGUCGUGGACGUGGACGUGGACGUGGUCGUGGACGUGGACGUGGACCUGGUCGUGGACGUGGACGUGGUCAUGGACGUGGUCGUGGAGGUUGUGGACGUGGACGUGGUCCUGGACGUGGUCGUGGACGUGGACGUGGAACUAGACGUGGACGUGGACGUGGACCUGGACGUGGACGUGGACGUGGACGUGGAGAUGGUCGUGGACGACGUGGACGUGGACGUGGACGUGGACCUGGACGUGGAGGACGUGGACGUGGACGUGGUCGUGGACGUGGACGUGGACGUGGUCGUGGAUGUGGAUGUGGACCUGGACGUGGACGUGGACGUGGACUUGGACGUGGACGUGGACGUGGACGUGGACGUGGUCGUGGACGUGGACGUAGACGUGGACGUGGACCUGGACGUGGACCUGGACGUGGACGUGGACUUGGACGUGGACGUGGACGUGGACGUGGAGGACGUGGUCGUGGUCUUGGACGUGGACGUGGACGUGGACGUAGACGUGGACCUUGACGUGGACGUGGACGUGGACGUGGACGUCGAGAACGUGGACGUGGACGUGGAGGACGUGGACGUGGACGUGGACAUGGCAAGGUCGUGGACAUGGACGUGGACCUCGACGUGGACGUGGACGUGGACGUGGUCGUGGACGUGGACGUGGACGUGGACUAGGACGUGGACGUGGACGUGUACGUGGUCGAGGACGUGGUCGUGGACGUGGCCGUGGACGUGGUCGUGGACGUGGUCGUGGACCUGGACCUGGACGUGGACGUGGAAUUGGACGUGGACGUGGACGUGGUCGUGGACGUGGACGUGGACGUGGACGUGGUCGUGGACGUGGACUUGGACGUAG